CAAACCGACACAUGUUCCAUAAAGAGAGGAACUGAUGCAAAUGUAGCAGAACUUUGCAUGGUAGCACGUAUCUAGAAGACAAAGAAAAUCUUGCGUCCUGUCUUAUCAGUUAAGCAAGAGUGCAGCUCACUUGGGCCACUUCUUCCAGAUUAAAGGCAGCAUGCUCGUCAACACCACCAAUGCAAACUGCGGGAGGGAUAUCCUCACCAAUGCAAGCUACGGGGGGGAUAUCCUCACCAAUGCAAGCUGCCACAGGGAUACCCUUCAGGGUGUGGGUUAUAGUGCAGUGUUUCUUCUGGGCUUCAUUGUCAAUGCUGCUGCUCUGUGGGCCUUCAUUGCCAGACGGAAAGACUGGACAGACACCCACAUCUACAUGUUGAACCUAGCUUUAGCUGACUUUGCUCUCGUCCUCUCCCUACCCUUCAGGAUCUACGAUGCCUUCUUCUGCAUGCCCAUGAGUCGCUUAUGUACUUUCCUCAUUGCAACUCAUUUCAUCAACAUGUAUGCCAGCAUCAUGACCACGGCAGCCAUCAGUGUCCAGCGCUAUCUGGCUAUAAGAUUCCCAUGGAGGGCCAGAUCAUGGCGGAGGAAGAAAGUGAUGGCUUUUGUGGUUUGUUUGGUCUGUUGGAUACUUCUAAUCACAGUGGCAACUAUCUUUCGCAAGGAGAACUACCCCGAAAAUCUCUGGAUGUGCUACGAACGGUGCAAAGAUCAUCCACUUGACGGACAGUUUAUGGUGCUUCUGGAGGUUCUGGGCUUCCUCCUCCCACUGGUGAUGAUUGUGUUCUGUUCCUGUCGGGUCAUCUGUAUUUUGUCAAAGGACAAAAACAAGACAGAGGAAAAGAAAAGCAUCGCUGGCAUAGUAACAGCAAACAUGAUUGUGUUUAUCGUCUGCUACACACCGAUUCAUGUCGCCUUUAUUGUCAACUACUACACUCCUGUACCUGACAACUGGAAGAAUGUACAUUUACCUUCACACAAAUACUUACUUACGUCUGAAUGGAUCGCUUCCACAAACUGCUGUUUUGAUUCCAUCAGCUAUUAUUUCUUAUUGAAACAGUUUUAUUCAGGAAGUAAGAGAGCGCCUCAAAGUUUUUCCUCUAAAAGCACAAUUUGAAUUACAUUGGCAGGAAAGGACUCAUGCUUCAUUCACAUCAUGUCAGAUUUACUGUAAUUGCCGGUUUCCCACCUGUGAAUAGCUUUCAUGUCGACAUCCAAGUCGUAAUUAUGAACCAGAAAGUUGAAUUUUUCUGAAAGCUUUGAUACAUCUGAGUAGCUGCUGAAAAUUACGGAACAAUAAAACACCUCACUCAGUGUAAUUACACUUUGUUCAAAUUCCACUCCUGUUUUGUGGCCAUUCAUAGUGUUUUAAUGUGGGCUCUGGUGUGCACGAAAUAGAUGCAUGACAUUCAUUGAAGAAAUUGUUGGUCGAUUCAUUGAGACAGCUGGAAUCUCCUGUAAUAUAUUUUUCCAUUAUCACCUUCCUUCCCACAUGAAAUGAAUUCGACAUAAUGAAAAGAGUUGCGUUAUGGGAAUUGUAAGGAGCAGCUUGAUGCAUUGUAAGGAUUAGAAGCCAGACUACCUCUGCUGCAUGCCCAUUUUAUAUGUUAGUUGUGAGUUCUCAAAUUUCUUGGGACUGCAAUACAAAAACUGUGAUGCACUCCUUUGAAUUAACAGCAUGUUAUGGGCUAAAUAUGCAAAUGCAUUUCUGGACUUUUUCUUACUUUAUUCUGUUGUAUGUAUAAUAAUCUACCCUGAACAGCCGCAACAUUAAAACCACUGAUAUGUGAAGUGAAAAAUCUUGAUCAUCUCGUUACAAUGCGGUGCUGUGCUGUGAAACCUGGUGCACUCCCAGAUGGCAGCGGCCUCUUCAAGGGGAAAAUACGUUUUGCCACACUGCAAAAACCGCACAGGAACAGCUUGAGGAACCCAACAAAGAGCCCAAGGGUUGACCCAGCUUCCAAACUCCUCCGAUUUUAAUCCAAAGCAUCUGCCAGAGACUCCGGGGCACCCAGAGGUACAUGUCUAUGCCCCGGCAGGUCUGUUUUGGCAGCACAAGGGGAACCUUCACAAUAUUAGGCAGGUGGUUUUAAUGUUGUGGCUAAUUUAAAUGUGUAAUGUUUUUAUAAAAGUAAAUCAGUUAUUUUGUGUAUAUAGAUGUUUUUUUUUUGGCAUCCUUUACAUCUGCUUGGAUAAAAUCACCAUUUGCUGUAUUAACUCCUCAGCUGCUUCAGGAAUGUCUAUGACCAUGUGUAUUGUGAGAUAUAAAUACCUGCUGUCUAACACACUCAACCUGUUUAACCUUAUUGCUCUCUGUUCAAAGCCUACAAUACUGUCAAAACAGACUGGAGCUGUUCUCAACGGCGCUCCGCAACUCUCAAUAAAACAACAGAUUGAGCUUUACAGCA